UUAACUACCUUUCCAUCUCUAUGGCGUUUCCAAACAUCGUGACGGAUCCUACUUCGGUUGAUCCUACUUCGGUUGAGGGCUCCACUAUCCAUAUAGCCUCUCCGCCGUUCGACGACCCCCAGGCGGAUGUGAUCAUCCGAACGUCUGACCACGUCGAGUUCCGCAUCUUCAGGCUCAUUCUCAAGAUGGCCUCGACGGUCUUCGCCGACAUCUUGGCAUUGCCUGUCGCACCUGAUGCAGACCCGAAUGCCAUCGACGUCACCGAGGACAGCGUCGUGUGGGACCACAUCUUGCGUAUAUGCCACCCCGGCAUUGCUCCACCAGCCAUGAUCGCCGCCGAUCAGCUCUGGCCACUGCUCGAGGCAGCCAAGAAGUACGAUAUGAAGGCAGUGCGCGAAACAGCGGUGAGGGAGAUGUCGACGCCUCGCAUGCUCGAGCAGGAGACUCUGCGAGUCUACGCGCUCGCAUGCGGCUAUGGAGUUGAGGACGUCGCUGUCGCAGCGGCGAGAGCCAGCCUUACCCAGUCAUACGAGGAGGGCCCGUACGUACCCGAGCUGCGAUGCGCAACGUCCGCUGCGUACUUUAGACUGGUCCAAUACCGUCGGGAAUGCGUGAAGGCGGCCGUGUCCUUCGCGGAGGAUCCACACCUUUUCUUGCAGGAUGGGUGGAAAGACUACGUCAAAUAUUGGAUCCUGCGGCGGGAACAUGUCAGCGAGCAGCAUGACGACGGGUGUAGCAGCGGGGGGAACUUUGCGUUGGAUUCUUGGGAAUGGGGCAAUGGGUUGCUCCGCGACGUACUUGUUGAGUACAUGGCACGUUCGACAGAGGCCCUCAAGGUGCUCCCUCAUGGCAGUACGGUUUUAAACCCCAUCUUCAUUGCGACCACAGUGCAUGCCGCCUCAAAAUGUACCGCUUGCAGGAGCCGUACGCAGCCCAGUGAUGUUCUCGCGUUCCUCAAGUUUCAUGCAUCUCAGAUAGAUGCAGCCACUGCUAAGGUGAAACUCGUCGUGGCGUCCUGACAACUGUGGGAUAUCCUGGGUGCUCUCGAAUUUGUCUGUGGAAUUGGACCGCCGUUUCGCUCGCCCGGAAUUCAAUGAUGUACCUCCAGUAUAUAUUCGAUUGGGACUCAAUGGAUUUAUAGCACUCGUACCUGUAGGUGCUCGAUCCCCGAC